AUGGGAAAGCAAGGAAAGAGAAAGUUGAAGGGUGACGCAGGUGACACAAAGAUUCAGAGGCGCUUGAGCAAGCGGAGAAGGGCGACCAAAAAGGGCAACCCAUCAGAUGAUGAAGGUCUCGGUGACGCCAGAAGCUCAGAUAAGGCGACAAAAGAUGAAAUUGCUUUUUUUUUCUUGUCAUAA